GCCCGGGAGCGCGGGAUGCGCGCGGCCGAGCGCCUGCAGCGCGACGAGGAGGCAGCGGUGCGCGCCGCCGCCGCCGGGCUGGGCGCGGCCCGCGGGGAGCUGCCGGCCUGGGUCAGCUUCCCGGAUGUGGAGCGGGCGGAAUGGCUGAACAAGGUCCUGGCCCAGGCCUGGCCCUUUUUUGGGCAGUACAUGGAGAAACUGCUGGUGGAGAACGUGGCCCCCUCCAUCCGUGCCUCCAACACCCACCUGCAGACCUUCACCUUCACCAAGGUGGACAUGGGUGAGAAGCCCCUCCGGGUCCUGGGGGUCCGGGCUCACCCCGGCACCCACAAGAAGCAGAUCCUGCUGGACCUCAACAUCAGUUAUGUGGGUGACGUCCAGAUCGAUGUGGAGGUGAAGAAGUUCUUCUGCAAGGCAGGGGUGAAGGGGAUGCAGCUCCACGGGAUGCUGCGGAUCAUCCUGGAGCCCCUCCUGGGGGACGUGCCCAUCGUGGGGGCCCUCACCAUGUUCUUCAUCCGGCGCCCGACCUUGGACAUCAACUGGACAGGGAUGACCAACCUGCUGGACAUCCCAGGGCUCAGCUCCAUGUCGGACACGAUGAUCAUGGACACCAUCUCCUCCUACCUGGUGCUGCCCAACCGCCUCCUGGUGCCGCUGGUGCCCGACCUGCACGAGGCCGCCCAGCUCCGCUGCCCCCUGCCCCGGGGGGUGGUGCGGGUGCACCUCCAGGGCGCGCGGGACCUGCGCUGCAAGGACCGGUUCAUGGGGGGGCUGGUGGAGGGCAAGUCGGACCCCUACGCCGUCCUGCGCGUGGGCACCCAGGUCUUCACCAGCCGCGUCAUCGACGACAACCUCAACCCCACCUGGGACGAGGUCUACGAGUUCAUCGUGCACGAGGUGCCGGGGCAGGAGGUGGAGGUGGAGCUGUUCGACAAGGACCCCGACCAGGACGAUCUCCUGGGCAGGAUGAAACUGGAUCUCGGGGAGGUGCUGAGAGCCCGGGUGAUGGAGGAGUGGUUCCCUCUGCAGGAGGGGGGUCAGGGCCGGCUCCGCCUGCGCCUGGAGUGGCUCUCCCUCCUGUCCGACGCCUCCCAGCUGGACCAGGUUCUGGAGAGGAACAGGACGAUCGUGGCCAAACCCGACCCCCCGUCCGCCGCCAUCCUGGUCGUGUACCUGGACCGGGCCGAGGAGCUGCCUAUGAAGAAGCCCGGGAAGGAGCCCAACCCCGUGGUGCAGAUCUCGGUGCAGGACGUCACACGGGAGAGCAAGGUGGUCUGUAACACCUCAGCCCCCGUCUGGGAAGACGCUUUCCGCUUCUUCCUGCACGACCCCAGGAACCAGGACGUGGAUAUCCAGGUGAAGGACGACUCCCGGCAGACCCCGCUGGGGUCCCUGUCCGUGCCCCUGUCCCGCCUGCUCCAGGCUCCGGAGCUCACUCUGGACGAGCCGUUCCCACUCCAGCGCUCGGGGCCCGGGAGCCGCCUGUUCAUGAAGCUGGUCCUGCGGGUGCUUUUCCUCGACGCCCCCGAGAGCGGAGUGUCCCCCCCUGCCCCCCCGGGGCAGCCGCAGCCCCCGGUCAGCACCGAGAGCCCCCCCCGGCCCAGCCAGGCCAGCCCGGACCCCCGGUUUGGCACCGAGCACGUGCUGCGGAUCCACCUCCUGGAAGCCGAGAACCUCAUCGCCAAAGACAACUUCUUCAAGGGGGUGGUCCGGGGCCGCUCCGACCCCUACGCCAAGGUCCGGGUGGCCGGGAGGGUCUUCCGGAGCCGAGUGAUCAAGGAGGACCUGAACCCCCGCUGGAACGAGGUCUAUGAGGUGAUCGUGGACAACAUCCCAGGGCAGGACGUGGAGUUCGACCUCUUUGACAAGGACGUGGACAAGGAUGAUUUCCUGGGCCGGUGUAAAGUGCCACUGAGGCGGGUCCUGAGCAGCCGCAUCGUGGAUGAGUGGCUGCCCCUGGAGGAGGUGAAGUCGGGGCGGCUGCACGUGAAGCUGGAGAACCUGGACCCUCGGCCCAGCACCACCCUCCUGGAGCAGGUCCUGCACACCAACAGCCUCCUGCAGCCCGCCCGGGGCGAGGAGCUCUCAGCCGCUCUCCUCUCUGUCUUCGUGGACCGAGCCGCUGACCUGCCGCUCCGGAAGGGCUCCAAAGCCCCCUCUGCCUUCGCCAGCCUGGCCGUGGGCAACGUCUCCUUCAAGACCAAGACCUGUGCCCCGUCCACAGAGCCCACGUGGGACGAAGGCUUCUCCUUCCUCAUCAAGCGGCCGCACGAGGAGUCGCUGCAGCUGCAGGUGAAGGAGGAGGGGGGGCAGCCCCUGGGCACCCUCAGCCUGCCCCUGCCCCAGCUCCUGGCCUCGGAGGGGCUGGCUCUGGACGGAUGGUUCCCGCUGGCCGGGGGGGGCCCCGGCACCCAGAUCCUGCUGCGGGCACAGCUGGGGGUCCUGGUGUCGCAGCAGGUGGAGGCGGCGGCCGGGGGGUCCCUGGAGGGGGGGGACACGGACCCCCAGCCCCCAGAGGAGCACAGGGAGGAGGAGGAGGAGGAGGAGGAGGAGGAGUGUGGGACGGGGGGGCUGCGCCAGCGCCUGCCCCCCAAGGAGAGCCCCCCUGAGCCGGCGGAGGGUCCCCGGGUCCAGCUCACGCUCUGGUACCACCGGGACGAGAGGAAGCUGGUGGCCAUCGUCCACGCCUGCAGGGAGCUGCGGGCGGCGGCGAAGGAGCUGCCGGACCCCUACGUGUCCCUGGUGCUGCUCCCCGACCGCAGCCGCGGCACCAAGAGGAAAACCAGCGUGCAGAGGAGGACCCUGAACCCCGACUUCAACGAGAGGUUCGAGUGGGACCUGUCCCUGGAGGAAGUGUCACGGCGGAGGCUGGAAGCUCAUGUCAAAUCCACCCUGUCCUUCAUGACACGGGAGAAGGAGGCGCUGGGGAAGCUCCAUCUGAACCUGGCGCAGGUGGACCUGUCCGAGGGGGGAUCCCACUGGUACGAGCUGCAGGAUGAGCGGAGCGGCCCCUAGAGAGGGACCCCCGACCCCAACCACCCCCCGUGGGGAGGGACCCUCCGGCUGCCGCCGCCCCCCGCCCCCGCCGAGCCCCCGCCUCGCCACCGACCAAAGACGGGCCGGGCCGGGCCCCCCCCGCGCCCCCCCCGACUGUUACGAACCUCGUGCCUUUGCCCCCCCCCGAGGGCCCCCCGGCGUUUGGGGGGGCCCGGCUGGGGUUGUGUCCCCCGGGUCCCCCCCGAGGGGACUCUCCUUAGAGCCGCUGCUGCCACCGCCGGGCUGUCACCGGGAUGGCACCACCCGGACCCCCCCGGGAUGUCACCGCCGGGAUGUCCCUGGGAUGUCACCGCCCGGAUCCCCCCGGGAUGUUACCGGGAUGUCCCCGGGAUGUCACCGCCCGGACCCCCCGCGAUGCCACCGCCGGGGUGUCACCGGGAUGCCACCUCCGGGCCGCCAUCGGGACGCCACCGCCGUGCCACCGGGAUGUCACCGCGCUGCCACCGCCGUGCCACCCCUCGCUGCCUUCCCAGGGCUGCGUCCCCGUCCCCCCCCGCGCUAAUAAAGGAGGGAGGACACA